UUUGAAUCAAAUCUCAAUACCAAAAAAAAAAAAAAAAAAUCUUGUCCUACUUUUCUUUUCUCAAAGCUAGCCAAGAAGAAAAAAAAAAUGAAACUCCCAUUUCUAAACAAGAACAACUCUUCAUUUUCGUGUACUUCAGAUUCAAAUUCAGUUUCAUCAUCAACAAAUACCACUUCAUGGGCAUGGCCUUCUUGUCAUCAAAACCCUAAAACCACAUCUUUUAGAGCCACCAUCACUUUCACCAACCCAAUCCACGAGCAAGACGAUGAUGAGCUCGACCCAUCUGAGAUUAAAGAGUCGAUAGAGAGUGUGAUAAAAGGGCUAAGAUCUUCAGAGAGACUCAUCUUCGAAAGCAAAGGAGAAUCCAACUCUAUACUCGAAGAAGCUACAACAAAGCAAGUACAAGAACAAGAAGAAGAAGCAGAGGAGGAAGAGGAAGAAGGCUUCAUGCUCUUGUCCUUAGAAUCAAACGACCCUUACUCUGAUUUCAAGAGAUCCAUGGAGGAGAUGGUUGACGCACACGCGCUUCACCACGACUGGAGAAGCCUCGAACUGCUUCUUGUCCAGUUCUUGAAAGUCAACGCCAAGACCAGCCAUCGAUACAUCUUCGCCGCUUUUGUCGAUCUACUCUUCAACUUAGCACCAAACACGAAUGGACUCAUCAGUAACAACAUUGCCAAAGACGACGUGGUCGGCGUUUCUGCGUCACGCGCCGUCGCUGGAGAGGCAAGCACUUCUUAUUGUACCAGUAUAGGUCUAGGCGAAUCUCCGUUGUCUCCUUUGUCGUUCUACACGUCGUGUUCUUCGUCUUCUUCCUCCGAUGAGACUUCAUCCACGUCCGUGCGAUUCUUGCCGUUGUCUUCGUUGUUAGAGAUGGAUGAGAAAACUAAAGACAUUUUGGUUUAA